UGUCAUAGGAUGAUGCAGCCAGUAACGCUCUCCCUCGCCGUGAGGCCUCUGCUGGGAGGAGGGAAGGCUCUUUGCGGCUUGAGACCAUCCGCGGCCAUGUCCACGCUCCUCAUCCAGCAGCCCGCUUACGCCUGGCUUCAGGAGCUGGGGCUGAAGGAAGACAACCCCGGCGUUUUCAACGGGAGCUGGGGUGGGAGAGGAGAGGUUGUCACCUCCUACUGCCCUGCAAACAAUGAACCAAUAGCCAGAGUAAGACAGGCCACUUUGGGAGAUUAUGAAGAGACAGUACAAAAAGCAAAAGAAGCAUGGCAAAUUUGGGCUGAUAUUCCAGCACCAAAACGAGGAGAAAUAGUGAGACAAAUUGGAGAUGCUUUGAGAAAGAAACUUAAAGUGCUGGGCAACCUGGUUUCUUUGGAGAUGGGGAAAAUUUCUGUUGAAGGUGUAGGAGAGGUUCAGGAAUAUAUUGAUAUCUGUGACUAUGCAGUUGGACUGUCUCGAAUGUUUGGAGGGCCUGUGCUACCAUCUGAGCGUCCUGGACAUGCUCUAAUUGAACAAUGGAAUCCACUUGGUCUAGUAGGAAUCAUCACCGCAUUUAACUUUCCAGUUGCUGUUUAUGGAUGGAAUAAUGCCCUUGCACUUGUCUGUGGAAACUGUUGCCUUUGGAAAGGAGCUCCAACAACCCCUCUAACUAGUGUAGCAGUUACACACAUUGUUGCCCAGGUUUUAGAAGAUAACAAACUGCCUGGAGCCAUUUGUUCCCUUGCAUGCGGUGGUACUGAUGUUGGUGCGGCAAUGAGCAAAGAUGAGCGAAUAAGCCUCCUGUCUUUUACUGGUAGCACAAAUGUGGGAAAACAUGUAUCGUUAGUGGUUCAAGAGCGAUUUGGGCGACAGCUUCUGGAGCUUGGUGGCAACAAUGCUAUCAUUGUGUUCGAUGAUGCUGAUUUAAACAUGGUAAUUCCAUCAGUUCUAUUUGCUGCUGUGGGGACUGCAGGGCAGAGGUGCACAACAACUAGGCGUCUGUUUUUACAUGAAAGCAUUCAUGAUAACGUGGUGGAAAAACUUGUGAAAGCUUACAAACAGGUCCGAAUUGGAGAUCCAUUAGACUCUGAUACUUUAUAUGGCCCCCUCCAUACUAAGCAGGCAGUGGAUAUGUACAAGAAUGCUGUGGAACAGGCCAAGCAGCAAGGCGGUACUGUGGCUUGUGGUGGAAAGGUAAUUGAUCGUCCAGGGAACUAUGUGGAACCAACAAUUGUAACUGGACUUCCCCACAAUGCAAGCAUUGUUCACACUGAGACAUUUGCACCCGUUCUAUAUGUGCUUAAAUUUAAGUCUGAAGAAGAAGCAUUUGCAUGGAACAAUGAGGUCAAACAGGGUCUCUCUAGUAGCAUCUUCACCAAGGAUGUAGGCAGAAUGUUCCGUUGGAUGGGACCUAAAGGUUCGGAUUGUGGAAUUGUAAAUGUUAACAUUCCAACCAGUGGAGCUGAAAUCGGAGGAGCUUUUGGUGGAGAAAAGCAUACCGGAGGAGGCAGGGAAUCUGGCAGUGAUGCUUGGAAACACUAUAUGAGGAGGUCUACCUGCACCAUCAACUACAGCAAGGAGCUUCCUCUGGCGCAAGGAAUCAAGUUUGAAUAAUGAGAACUGCCGACUUUCCUGCAGCCGUCAAGAUUUUCACAGAGAUAAUAAAAGAAAAGUAGAUUAUUUUACAGAAGAGGGGAAAAGUCAUGUGAAUGAAGUGAAACAAUUUUACCAAUGAUUUAUCAGAUUUGGGUUUUUGUAUUUUCUCUCACCCGUCAGAUGUGUGAAAUUCUAUGAACCACCUUGAGUCUUUUUUGCUGACAUGGAAACCCAUAUUUCUAGCAUUAAAAAUACUUUCCUGACAAUAGCACCUAAGAUGGAAAUAAAACCUGAAGUUUA